CGUUCCACGCUCAAAGUGAUAAGAAUAAAAUUUCAAAAUCAAAUCAAAAUUUAUCUUUGAUGAAUUGUGAUGUAGCAAAAUUAAAAUUUCCCACAAGAAUCCAUAAUCAUCAAUAAUUUUAAUAAAUUUCCAUCAGUGCUGUGCUAUGUCGGGUCUACGAUUUUUUCUACUGCCACUGGCUUAUUUUUUCUGUACUAUCCAAGCAAAUUCCGACGCGAUUCCGUUUUCCGAUUCCGAUUUGAUUAAAGAGGAAAAUCAAGAACCAACCAAAAUUAAUUAUCGUCUUCCUGGGGAAGUGGUUCCAGAAUCUUAUAAUAUUAAAUUAACACCGAAAUUACGCGAUGAUUUUAAGUUUGAAGGUCAAUCUAAAAUAAUUGUUCUUGCAAAAAGAAACACCAAAAAUAUCACGCUGCACUCGAGAGAUAUUGAAAUUCAUGAAAAUGAAACAAUUGUGACUGUUUCGGGGAAAAAAAUUAAUGUCGUACAUAAAUACGAAAAAAUACAAGACUUUUUGAUUCUUAAUCUGGAGAGUGAAAUUCCAAUUAAUACAAGAGUUGAGAUUUUUUUGAAAUAUACGGGUAAACAUAAUGAUGACUUACGAGGAUUUUAUAGGAGCUCAUACGUCGAAAAUGGUGAAAAAAAAUGGUUGGCAACGACACAUUUUGAGCCGAUUGGUGCUCGCCAAGCUUUUCCUUGUUUUGACGAACCCGCAUUAAAAGCCACUUUCGACAUAAGCAUAGAUUUGAAGGAAUUCAAAGAUUUGCAGAAAUAUCAAGCUAUUUCUAACAUGCCUGCGAUAAAAAACGCAACUGCUGAUAAUCCCCUAAUGGUUUUUAAAACAACACCACCAAUGUCGACAUAUUUGGUUGCUUUUGUUGUUUCGGAUUUUGACAAAAAUGCUGACAGCCAAAACAAAAUGACCGUAUGGAUCAGAAAUCAGCUUUUAAAUGACACAGAUUUCGCCCGGGACACUGGAACAAAAAUUUUAAACGCCUUGGCAAGUUACCUGGGAGUUGACUAUCAGAUGGAUAAAAUGGAUCAAGCUGGUAUUCCAGAUUUUUCAGCUGGAGCUAUGGAAAAUUGGGGUCUUGUCACGUAUAGGGAAAAGGCAUUAGUUUAUAAUGAAAAAACAUCUAGUGCAAGUCAAAAGCAAUCCGUUGCUUCAAUAAUAGCGCACGAGUUUGCUCACCAGUGGUUUGGGGAUCACGUCGGUCCUUUCUGGUGGAAAUUUUUAUGGUUAAAUGAAGGAUUCGCUACUUUUUUCCAAGAUUUCAUUACUGAUAGGGUUUAUAACUUUGAAAUGCGGGAUCAGUUUGUAGUUCAAAGUCUCCAAGGUUCAGCUUUUUCUUUUGAUGUCACUGAGAAAUCUCAUCCUAUGAAUGUCGAAGUGGAAAGCCCUUCUGAAAUAAGUGAUAUAUUUGACGCAAUUUCCUAUCAAAAAUCUGGAUCUGUUAUUCGGAUGAUGCAGCAUAUUUUGUCUGAUGAAAUAUUCAAACAGGGACUCAAGUCGUACUUAACAAACAAGAAAAACAGUGCAGCAACUUCUGACGAUCUUUUUGAUGCUUUAGAUAAGGUAUGGGGUAGAAAAGACAUAUCAUUAAAAACAAUUAUGAAUACUUGGGUAUCACAGCCUGGAUAUCCCGUCAUUAAUGUCACGAGAUCAGAGAAAACAAUACAAAUUGUCCAGCAACGAUUUUUUAUGAAAGAGCCUAAGGAACCAAGUACAGAACAAUGGUGGGUUCCUCUCAAUUAUAUAACUGAAGCAAAUGUUGAUGAAAUAGAAUUUCAAAAACUUACUACUCCAUCACAUUGGCUCAAGCCGAAUGAAAAACUGGAAAUUGAAAAUAUAGACCCUGAGCAGUGGUUUAUCUUUAAUAAACAACAGACUGGAUAUUACAGGGUUAAUUACGACAACGAAAAUUGGAAGCUAAUUGCUAAAUUCUUAAAAUCGGCAAAUUUCACGCAAAUCCAUAAUUUAAACAGAGCACAACUUUUGGAUGAUUCAUGGAAUUUGGCUCGGGCAGGGCAUUUAAGUUACGAAAUUGCCUUCGAUAUCAUGAGUUACUUAAACAAUGAAAUUAAUUACUUCCCAUGGUAUGCUGCAAUAAGAAGUUUAAAUUACUUGAAAAAUCAGCUAAUUUUCACAUCACAUUAUCAUGACUUUCAAGAAAUGGCUUUGAAAAUGUCUUCUAACUUAGUGGAAAGUGUGGGAUUUGUUGACAAGGAGAAGGAAGACCAUAUAACAACAUUGACCAGAAGUAUGGCAUUAAGAUGGGUUUGUGGUUUAGGUUUUGAAAAUUGCACGAAAGAAUUUGAAGGUCCGUUCAAUUCUUGGUUGGCAAGCGGAGGUGAAAAAUCUGAAAACGACCUAAAUCCAAAUUUGAAGAGUAUUGUUCUCUGUACGAUGUUGGAAAAUGCUAAUGAAACAAUUUGGAACCGAGUAUAUGAAAAAUAUCUAGAAACUGAAGACACUACCGAACAAGUAUUAAUUUUGACAAAUCUGGGUUGCUCAAAAAAUCCAGUGAUUUUGAAAAAAUACUUAGACCUUGCUAUUAAUACUACUUCUAAAAUAAACAAUACCAUCACGGCUGUCCAGGCUGUUUAUAAUGGAAACGAAAUUGGUCUUAAUGUAACUUUGAAUUACAUUGUUGACAAUUCUCAUGGAUUUCUUAUACAUGACAAAGGGGACGCUGCAAAUCUGAACAAAUUUAUUUCGGAUAUAGGGACAAAAAUUACUACGGAAGCACAUCUUAAAAAGCUGAGUGAUUUUAUCUCUGCAAGCAAAUCAUUGCAAGGACCAUUGACAACUUCUGCCCUUGAAAACGCGAAAGAAAAUGUUGAAUGGGUUGAAAAAAAUAGUCACGUUAUUGGAUCCUUGUUGGCUAGCAUGAAUAAAACUCCAAAAUCCGAUGGCAGUAGUGGAUCAUCUUUGAAAUUUGCUACAAUAAUUGCUCUAAUACCAGUUUUCAUUGCCUUAUUUACUUGAAUUUUUAAUAAGAAGCAUUCCGAAAAAAAUUGAAAUAUUUUUUUAUGGAUAUAUGGAAAUAUAAGAACAAUUGGUAUAUUCUUUUAACGUUUAAUUGUCAUAGUACAAAGUGCAAUUCUUCUCAUGGUCAUUGAAUCUUAAGGCAGUAAAUUUCUAAUAAAUAAGUAAAAUAGCUGUAAUUUUCAUAAAUCACUCUUUUAUAUUUGAAAAAAUUGGUUAAAAAUAAAGUAUAUAAGUGUCGUAACCUGAAUCCUAUUUAAAGAAAGUACUAAUGUUCUUAAAUAAUUAUGAUGAUAUGUAGAAUUUAAAUACAAGUCGAUGGUAAAGGUAGUUUCAAAAAUCAGUUAAAAUGUAACUUUGUUAGUUAUUGGCAAAUGAAAUUUGUUCUUUCAUACAAUUU